AUGGACAUAGCGGCGGCAACAACACCAGAAAACUCACCACAAUCUUUCAUGAGAAACAGCCUCGAAUAUAGCAGCUCUCCAUCAAUCAACCAACGCCAAUACCAUGAGGUUGUUCUACAAAUUCCACCUGACCAAACGGAGGAAGACGUGGAAAGAGAGCUUAUCGGUAUAGCCCAAGAGAUUGGUUUGGAUAUUUCCAGUGAUAUACAUCCACAGUUCGAUAUAUCCCGAUAUGCGAACUAUUUUCCAGCUUCGUCUUCUCACUUUCACAUCGGGUCUCCUCCUCUUACUUCGACAAGUUAUUGUUAUGGAAAUAACAAUGUUAUAUCUUCUCCGCCAACUCUAUCUUCAAGCAAUGAGAUCGCCGGCAGCAUGUAUUCAACUACGUCCAUUUCUACGCGCCCAACGUCGCCCGGUUCGGUUUUGGAGCAGCCAUGCACUCUGCCGGCGUUGUCAAGACCGCGACAAUUUCACCGAUCGAGUUUAUCGUCCUCGAGAAACCGGUCGGGUAGCUGUGAGAAAAGAGUGAGGUUUAGUAAUUUCAGACUAUCUUUUGGGAAAUUUCCGCAUUUUAGAAGGCGCUCUGCGGCAGCCGUCCAAUCGCCUGCUUCUCCUGCGUGGUUCGAUACCAGAUCAAUCGCUCCGGGCCCUGAUAACCUACAGGCUCAGUGCUCACAGGCGAAAUUGGGCAAACUGAUGCCGCAACAUAAUAACAGCGCUUCAAUAAACCAUAGUAAUGAAGAAGAUAAUCCUGCGAUGAUGGAGACUUUGAAUUGUCCUCAACUGCAAAAGUUGCGCAGUGUUCAGGAGGCCCAACGGGAUCGACAUUUGGCAUUCAAAGAAGACACUCUCGAGUCUCUUUAUCUCAGACACGAAGAGUCAAAAUCUUUGAAGAGAAGAGAACAUCAGAGAAUUGAACAUGACAUAGAUGAUCAGAACAUUCAAGAAGCGAAUCGACUUGAAGAACUUCAACUCAAUGCGGAGCUUGACUUAGUUGAGGAACUACGGCGAGAAAGACAAACGCUAGAAAUUCGUAUCCACCAUAUGGAAGGCUACUUGGCUGCCAGUCCCCAGCAUCCCCAAUCCUGGUUCCUGGAUAAUGACAUGGAAGACCCCCCUCCGAUCCAGCCGCGCCACCGCCAUGUCACUCAGAAAGACAGGGACCAUCUACUCGAAAGGUACCGUGAACGGGACAGGAUGGAUACUCUACAUAUGUCAAAGAUCAAAGUACUUCGAGAUACCCAGGAACGGAAAUACCAAGAAACAAUGUCGAGACAAGAGAAGAAAGCUAGCAAAGUGGCCGAUAUAAAUGAAAAAGACUUCCAGAACCUUGUCAGCCGUUGUAAUAACGAAACCACAGUUACCAGUACGUGGUUUCUCAGUCAAGAACAACACUUAAAAACAAGGUGGAUGCUUGAAGAAGCAAUUGUUAGAAAGAGAUUGGAAAACGACACGGGCAUCUGUUAUAUUCCGUUGCCAGUCAUUUCAUUUUCAGAGGAAUAUGAAAAUGGCAAUUCGUCUUAA